AUGCCUACUGAAUCUGCGUCCUCGGGGCUGCGUCCGGCUCAACAAUCGGACGCCCUGGUUUGGAUCGACUGCGAGGUGCUGUUUACUCUUUCCCUUGCCAGGCAAGCCACUGACCAGUCACUGCAGAUGACCGGCCUUGAUCCCGAUUCCGAUUCAAUCAUUGAGAUCUACUGCCUCAUAACCGAUGGCCAGCUCAACUUGCUUGACGAGUGCGGAUGGGGCACCGUCGUGCACCAGCCGAGGGAACGGAUGGCUAUGAUGGAUGAGUGGUGUACCCGUGUCCACGGUGACAGUGGCCUCACUGCGGCCGUCAUUGAGUCAACGGUGACACCUCAGCAGGCAGCGGAUGGCCUGCUAGCUUACAUACAAAAGUACGUCCCCCAAAAGGGCACCGCUCUCCUUGCGGGUAAUAGCGUGCAUGCGGACCGAGCGUUUCUUCGAAAGGCUCCUUACAACAAGGUCCUCGACCACUUGCAUUAUCGCAUAUUGGAUGUCAGUAGCAUCAAGGAGGCCGCGCGGAGAUGGUGGUAG